AUGCUUGAACGCAAUCCCAAAGAGACCGGACCGGCGAGGGAUACGGGUGCUAAUAAAGCAAGCGAUUUGCGUCACGCCCUGAUCCGUGCUCCCGUUGUUCCCACAGAACAGAAAACCUCGGUGUGGAUCGAGAAACAGCAACAAAUGGCUCGACUUCCCCCACCUCCACCAUCAGCUAGUCAGUUCUCAGCCAGUUUGUCCCCCGGAUCUAGUGUGGAAUUUAACUAUCCCCGACGUUUGAUGGAUAACUCCUCUACACCGGGAGCUUCUGGACACUUAUCCUCAGGCUUUCAGCUCAAGCCGUGGCCAACAGACAGCGUGAGCGGACCAGACGAGAGUCUUGAGGCAAUGGCUACAGAUGGUCAACUGUGGACUCUCUAUAGUGGACCAAGUUUAGACACGGAAAACAGCGAAGGUCGAGACGGCCAAAGCGAAUGUACGGAGUUGAGUAGCAAUCCCGGCCGACCUCCACUGCCUCAAAAGUUACCCCGAAAUGUAUUCGUCACCGGAGACAAAGGCCACGCAGCGGUCCGACUAGCUGCUAACCAAGCAUUCAGCAACUCACUGAGGAAACCACCGCAUUUGAUUGAAUACCAAAGACAACGCGGUACAGGAGCUACCAGUAGCGGUGGAGAGGAAAGCCGUCUCGGUGCAGGAGAAAUCACGGAUUGGUCCCGUCGUCCGGGAACACAGAGUGCGAGUAGUCAAAGUGAACACAGCGGUCAGAAGGUGCUGAUAACCACCCCAACGGAACAGGUCCCAGAAACGAGUGUAUCGCUAAACUCCGCAUUGCAUCGACGUCCAAGCACCACAUUGAUUGCUUUGACAAAUUUCCGAAAAGCCGACGACAAUCGACCGGACCUAGUGACACCGUAUGCGCAAUUUCAACUAUCUCCGGAACCCAGUAUGCAUAAUUUUAGUUGA